AUGCGUGCAAACUUGACACAACAAAAUGACGACCUAAGAGAAGAAAACCACAGGUUGCAGGAGCAAAGGGCACAAACCAGAUCUAGAAAUACACGUGCGAGUUCAAGGUCGAGAACAAGUAGGAGUACAUCCAGGAGAAGCAGAUCUGACGGUAAAGACAAUGAACGAGAAAAAUUUUUAGAUAACAACUUGGUGGAAAAUUUUCAGGUAGGUGAUAAUUUACAAGAGGAGCGCGAAUGCAAUAGCAUGGAAGAUAGAUAUGUGCAGGUGGAUGAGAAUGAACCUAGGCAAAGACGUCGCAGAGAAGGUAGACCGGGGGGAGAUGAAGAAUAUAACCGCAUGCAGGAUGAAUCAGAGCAAGUUAAUGACGCAGAACAAUCAAGGAUGAUACUUCAUGGGAGAGAAAUGCUUAGACAACAGAGAGAGAGGGAUAAUGCCGCACAGGAGCAUGCGAGGAAUGAGAGGGAAAGACGCAGAAGAAGAAGGGAAGAUGCAGAGCAACAAGAACUAGAAGAAGUUGUACGUCAAAGCAUACAGGAAAACAGAUUGAGGCAAGCACGAUUUAAAAGGCCUAUGCAGCAACAAGAGAACCCAUUCCCUAAUAAUAAAAUCAUGAGGGAAAUAACAGAACUAAGAGAGUCGAUGGAAAAAGGAAAAGAUGGAGGAAGAAGACAACUGGAGGAAGCUAUAGAGGAAGCAGCAAAGACGCCUUUCGCACGACAGAUACAAUUAAUAUUCAGGAUGAAGGGCGGAAUAUCCAUGGCAGAGCUGCACGAGUACCAGGAGGAGUACAUCGCUCUUGAGGAAAAACAAAUAGAUAUGGAGUCCUACCCAGUUGCCGUUGCGAAUGUGAAGGAAGGAAAUGCAAGCCUACUGCGAAGAAUAGCAAACACGAUUGCGAGAACUUCGCAAGGUGUGGCCUCUACAUAUCACCAAUGCAUUAAAUUUCCAUUACCUCAUGGAGUGGGAAUUAUCAGAGGUAAUACAGCAGAAGCGAAGACAUGCAAUGAUAUUGAUGUGGAAAAGAGUGAGGGACGUGCGAACAAAAGAAGAAAUUGGAAGAAGGAAAUAGAAGAAAGAAAGCGAGGCGAAAGAUUGAUGGUGGACUUUAUAACCAAAGAGGAAGAGGUGAAUAGUCAUUAUGAAGGAGAAACACCGUCAAAAGAUGAAAGUAUCUCAAUCACGAAGAAGAGUGAAGAAACAGACGAGACAUGUCAGAUUUCUAUGGAGGAGAUCGCACCUGCAAGCGAACAUGAACAUAGAAAGCGAACAAAUAGAGAAAAAUUUCAUCCAGGAAGCUUGGUUUUGAGAGAAUUACCACCCUACCAAAAACAAGGAGGUAAAAAGAGAAAGGAAACAUAG